AUAUUUGCAUCUUAAUGGGUUGUCCUGUAACUCAAACUUCUUCCCUCCUUGAACUUUUCUUCAGCUUCUCAGCUAAAAGUUGCACAAGACUCGGAGCUCAGGAGGCAGGGCUGCACACAAGGUGUUGGAGUUCUUCUGACUGUGGAUACUGAGGGGCGCACAGGAUGGACCUGAGGUGGUGGGCACUGCUGCUGGUCAUCAAGACGACCAUGGGUCAGACCUUCCCAGAGCGCGAGAAGAACCCCAACUACUGGCGGCGGCAGGCGCAGGACACCCUGAGACAAGCGCUGGAGCUGCAGAAGCUGAACACCAACGAGGCCAAGAACGUCAUCAUGUUCCUGGGAGAUGGUAUGGGGGUGCCCACUGUUACAGCAACACGUAUCUUAAAGGGACAGCUCGCUGGAAACCCCGGAGAGGAGACGGUUCUGGAAAUGGACAAGUUCCCGUACGUCGCUCUAGCAAAGACGUAUAACACCAACGCGCAGGUCCCAGACAGCGCAGGCACCGCCACCGCCUACCUGUGCGGAGUGAAGGCCAACGAGGGACGGUCGGCGUGAAACGCAGCAGCGGUGCUAGGUCAAUGCAACACCACCAAGGGCAACGAGGUCGAUUCCAUCUUAAAAUGGGCCAAAGACGCAGGCAAGUCUGUGGGGGUGGUGACCACUACCAGGGUUAACCAUGCCACCCCAAGUGCCGCCUACGCCCACUGUGUGAACCGGGACUGGUACUCCGAUAAUGAGAUGCCCAAAGAAGCCGCGGAGGAAGGAUGUAAGGACAUCGCCUGGCAGCUCGUCAACAACAUCCCCGAUAUCGAGGUUAUCAUGGGCGGGGGCAGGAAGUACAUGUUCCCCAAAAACACCCCCGACGUGGAGUACCCCAAAGAUGGGAAGUCAAACGGCACGAGGCUCGAUGGACUGAACCUGACCCGAGUGUGGAGGGAGAAGAAGCCGCAACACAAGGCGGCACAUUACAUCUGGAACCAGGAGCAGCUGAUGGCCCUGAAGCCACAGGACGUGGACUAUCUGUUGGGUCUGUUCGAGCCGGGAGACCUGGUGUACGAGCUGGACCGGAACCAGUCUACGGACCCGUCCCUCCCCGAGAUGGUGAAGGUGGCCAUCAGCAUCCUAAAGAAGAACCCCAAAGGCUUCUUCCUAUUGGUAGAGGGUGGACGCAUUGACCACGGGCAUCACGAGGGUAAAGCCAAGCAAGCGCUCUACGAAGCGGUGGAGAUGGACCGCGCCAUAGGCCUCGCCGCCAACAUGACCUCCGUGGACGACACCCUGACCGUGGUCACCGCCGACCACUCCCACGUCUUCACGUUCGGCGGCUACACGCACCGCGGCACCUCCAUCUUUGGUCUGGCCCCGAUGCUGAGUGACAUCGACCAGAAACCCUUCACGUCCAUCCUGUACGGAAACGGCCCCGGGUACAAACUAGUGGACGGAAACCGCGAAAACGUCUCCACUGUGGAUCACACUCUAUCGUCCUACCAGGCGCAGUCCGCCGUCCCCCUACGCCAGGAGACGCACGGCGGAGAAGACGUCGCUGUUUUCGCUAAGGGUCCGAUGGCGCACCUGCUGCACGGCGUCCACGAGCAGAACUACAUCCCGCACGUCAUGGCGUACGCCUCCUGCAUAGGACAAAACCGCGACCACUGCGUGACCGGGGGCGCGGGGCGCAGCGCCGCCUCCCUCACCCUGCUGUUCAGCGCCCUCACGGUGCGGCUGAUCCUGUGAGCCACCGGCGCGUUGAUCUCCUACCUCACUCUACACGGCUCCGGUCGGCUCCGCUACACCGUCCACUGGGGGGCGCAGGAGACCCGUCCACAGCAGGUUCUGUGUCACCCACAACCAAAGACUUUACCACAACCACUAAGGAGCGGACAGGCGUCCCAGACACCCCAACAACCCCGAGUACACAGUCAAUAUGGCCGCCAUCACAGCCCCUGCAAGGAAGUUACCCAGCUUCCCCAGGAUCCUGAAUGGUUCAGAAAAGGCUGGAGAAAGCUGGAUGAAAAGCCCUGCAGGAGGUGAUGUAGAGAAGGACAGGACUCGGGGGGAUUGGAUUAUUGGGGAUCAUUCUGGAUUUUUGGGCCAGAGGGUUUGUACAUUUAUUGGAUUUUAUUCUUACAUUUCAUUUCUGUAAAUAAAGACGUAAAUGCUGA